AUGGCGAGACUUCUUCGGCUACUGCCGCUGCUUUUCUUUUACGUUGCACAGCCCGCAAACUGCUUGCAAAAUGUGAUCCCGAGAUUGACUUUUCCGUCACCGAUGUUCAGCAUCAAUAAAGGCAAAGCCCGAGAACUCGAGGACGAACUCUUGAAGGCCAUCCAGGACGAAGGGAAUCGCCUCGCCAAUUCGGAACGGAUUAAUUCGUUGGUGAAACAGUUAGAAAACAAUUCGCAGUCUAUUCCCGAGCCAGCAAUUGCCGCCGAGGUCUACGGCCGAUGGCGUCUCAUGCACACCACCAACGCCGCAACAAGUAGUCCAAUACAACGCAAAGCUGUAGAUACGGCCAAGUUUCCGAUCUAUCAGGAUAUCAUUGUCAACGAAAAGGGUCAACUGCAGGUCAAUCAAAUCGUUCAAUUUUCUGAAAAGGCAAUCUUGUCGGUAGAUGCUUUGGCUUCCACAGCUGCCUACCCGUUACCUGAGUUUACAGACCGUCAAUCAACCGGGGAAGUACUAGGUAUCAACAUUCUGGGUGUUUCGCUGGUCGGAGAGGUAGCUCAGCCCAAUCCAGAUCGCCCCAAUUCCCGCAUUAAUUUUGUGUUCGAGGAAGGCAACUUUGAUUUUGAUGGACUCAAAAUUCCGUAUCCCGUGCCGUUUCGGCUUCCGUUACUUCGAGAUUGGCGAUCGUGUACGAAUCGCAAGGGGCAAUAAGGGAACCACUUUCGUGCUGAUCAAGGAAUCCGGUCAAUCGAUCUAAAUGCC